UUGCGCUGAACUUUCCCCCCUUCUCUUCACAAUAAAAACGCAACAUUCAGCUCUUAAGUCUUCAAAAUUCCGAAACCAAUCCCAUCUUCUGCUUCUUCUCAUUUCUUCUGGCAUGGCGUUGAAGAGCCUCGUAGGGAAGGUGGUUGAAUUGUUCGAAAGAGCAGCAGAUAAAUUGGGCUGCGACCGGGCCUCCAGAGCCCGACUCCUUGCCUUCGGCGACACAGGAGGCAUGCUUUCCUUCCUCCAUAACAAGAAAAUGAUAAGAGAAAAGAAGAAAGAAACUACUGCGAAGAAGAUGAUGAAGAUGCGAGAGGAUGAGGAGGAAGAAGUAUGGAGGAGAACUAUAAUGAUGGGAGAGAAGUGUCAGCCAUUGGAAUUCUCUGGAGUUAUAUAUUAUGACGCCGACGGCAAGCGGGCGGCCACUGCACCUCGCACUCCACUUCGAGGAAAUCUUCAGCAAUCUGUACUGCACUGUUACUGAUUCCCUGUUUUCUUCACGUCGACAACUUGGAGAAGUGAGGCUUAUUAGCUGGAACUUUUUUCUUUUUAUUUGUUUUCUUUUUUUGUUUUUUUGGUGUUGUCUGAGCGAGGAUUUUGUGUUGUAGCUUGGGUUAUCGGAUGUAUAUAUAGUUUAUAUAUUAAUGGAUUAAUCGUUUUGAUGAAA